AUCAUCUCUCGCCGCUUGUGCUCCUGCUGUAUUAAAAAAAAAUAAAAUAAGCGCAACCGUAGGUUAGUUUUGCGAACAGCUUCUGUUGAGCUGCUCGGUGUUCAGAUGCGCUGGUUUGGCUUCGGUUUCAACGCCUUUGGACAGAUAUGUGUCCAGGAAAAGUCAGGCAGAGGAGAAAGUAGCAGCGCGCCCCACCAAGUCAAAAUAAGUCACCCAGCAGAGCUCAGCAGUCACGUGGAUAGAAGUAGAUGCUGCUUGAAGACAAGUCAGAUCAGAGUGAGCUGGAGUCGAAGAGCAUCUUUACAUUUAGAGGGAGACAGCUGCCUGAGCUUGGCAGGUUUUGGUGAAUCGGUCUCCAGCGAGGACUGUGGUAUUUCUAAAAUAGAGAGCCGUGGUUGUAAGGAUGUAUUCAUCAGUGAAUCGCACUUGACCCUGGCCUUCCCAGACAGGAUUGAGACCUGGGAUCUGCAGAAGAGGGAGAAGAGUCCAUCAUGGAGCAUGGAUAUAAAAACCGACGCAGAGGGCUCUGAUGUGAAUUUGCCAUUGGUCCCUGGAGGUUACAUUGCCUUAAAGCCUCCCUUCUACUGCACCUUACCAGGACACCUGAAAGCCAGGAGCCUAGCACUGGGUGCAGAGCAUGCCGUUCUUCUUACUGCCACUGGAGCAGUGUACAGCUGGGGACUGGGCAGCCAUGGUCAGCUGGGGCAUGGCGUGCUCACCUCUGAGGAGGAGCCCAGAGUAGUGGAGGCACUCUGGGGGAUGCCCAUGACCCAUGUGGCUACAGGAGGCUGGCACUCAGCUUGUAUUAGUGAUGGGGGUGACCUUUAUGUGUGGGGCUGGAAUGAGAGCGGCCAGCUUGGACUUCCUUCUCGAGGUCUGAGGAAAUCUCAGCAGAAAACUAGUCAACAAACAGGAGAAUUAUGCUGCGAUACCAGCACACCACCAGAUGAAAAGCUAAAGGAGGAAGAGGAGCAUGAAGAUGUGUUCAUAUCAAUCCAGGCGUUCCCCGCUCUGCUGGACGUCUCUUCAUCAUGUGAAAUCCGAGCAGUAAGCUGUGGUUCCCGCCACACAGCUGCAGUAACAACCACUGGUGACCUCUACACUUGGGGAUGGGAUUCCAACAUGUCCAUCCAGUUUGUGUAUAGCCAUCAGCACUUCGUCACUGAUGUGUAUCGGAUCAGUGGAAACAAUUCCGCUAAAAACUCUGCAUCAACAAAGUUUGACACCGCCAUCCAAGGCGGCUGGGCAGACAGGAUGGCACGGGGCAUAUUUCGCUACCAUCUGGGGGAUUUAAAAACGCGGGUCCUGCUGGGUUCUCAUGGCUACGUGGCUCAGCUGAAUAUCCAAAGAGGAAUAGAGAGAAGAAAGCCACAGGAGAUCAUGAGCAUUAAGCAGGAGUUUAAUGCCAAGCAGUUUAACUUUAACAAAAUUAAACACGAUGAAAUCAUAUUUGAGAUGAUAAAGGACAAAAAAGGAGGUUCACCUUUGACUAACAAUGCAGAGUGUCCUCAACCCCAGAAGAUGGUUGUGUUGGUCAAUGUUAGCCCUCUUGAGUUUGGACAUUGUCUCUUUGUCCCAGAUCCUGCUCACUGUCACCCACAGAUCCUGACAAAGUUUGCAAUCCAUGUCGGCAUUGAAGCUGUGCUUCUGAGCUCUGAUUCCGGUUUCCGUGUGGGGUUCAACAGUCUGGGAGCAUUUGCAUCUGUCAAUCAUUUACACCUCCAUGGAUAUUACCUAGACCAUCCCCUCAAGAUAGAGUCUAAGCCAGUUAAACCUUUAUGUCCUGAAAAGGGAUUUUAUCGAAUUUUGGAUUUCCCGGCAGGCUUUUUGUUUUAUGCAGAAUCAGAGGAGGUGGAGAAAGUGGCCCAAACUAUCUGUGAAGUCACAGAUUUUCUUGUGAAUGAUAAUAUUGCUCAUAACCUCUUUUUGACUAGAGGAAGUCCGGCGUGUGUUCAAACGCAAGGUGAAAAGGAUUUCUGUUCAAGAAAAGGUGUUCGCGUUGCUCUGUGGCCCAGAAUAUCCUGCUUCGGUGCCAAAGAGGAGUCUGCCUUUAAUGUUGCUCUAUGUGAACUGGCUGGACAUUUACCCUUUAAGAGCAAAAAGGACUUUGAGCGCAUGACAGAGAAAGAUGUCGUUGAUGUAAUCCAGAGCUAUCUUUUGCCUGAAGAUGAGUUUCAUCAGCUGGAACAGCAGCUUACUGAACAUUUAUUGUGUUCAUAAUGUGCGGUCAUUUUCAUCAACUUACAGCUGGGCUGGAAGGGUCUUAGACUUUUGAUGGCAUAAAUGGAUGAAUCUGGCCUCUGGAUUUUGAAUUAAAUUGUAAAAACUGCAAUACCGUACUGAAUGUGUGUCAGAAUCUUCCCUGUACAAUGAAAGAGAUUACACAUGUUGAGACUUAUGAUAUUUACAAGAUAAAAUGUGCUUUAAUUGGUUAAUGAAUGUGUUUUCGCAAAACUGAUAUCAAAUAAAAUGUGACUAAAGAAUGGAGUUUUGUGUCUGUCUGUUUAAUGAAUUGCUGUUCUUAGCCAAGUUUAAUCGGGUCAGGAGAAGCUUGGGUGUGGUGGCACAAUGAAUUGCUGUUCUUAGCCAAGUUU